AUGGCGACGCCAGGCAGCAGGCCUACUGGUAGGCGGGCGGUCCGCCCUCCUGGAAAAUCCCAGGGAAAAGGAGAAAACUUAAGGAUUGGCAAGCAAACUAAUCAGAAGGGAAGUAAAACCAAGCUUUGUCGGUUCAUUGAGCAUGGAAAAAAGUGUCCAUAUGGCGAGGAUUGCACGUACUCUCAUGAUACCUCGAGUAUCAGAAAAGACCAAGUCAAGAGAUCAUCGGAUUCGCCCAAAGAACAGCAAGAAAGAGCAUACUACAAUUCUUGGAAGCGAAUUAUCAAGUAUCCUCCAAAACAAAAUGAUAUUGCUACAAUAAAACGCCUAUGGACUGGAGCUUUAGACAUCUUGAACGGCUUUGAUCGGAACUGGAAACAGAUGCUCCCACGAGACCUUGACUCGGAUGAUAAUCUUGGCCGUGAGCAUAUCCACACCCUCCUUAGCAUGAAGUCUUAUGGUACCGGAUACCAAACAUUUGUGGAACUUUCACAGCCAUUCCUUUCAGUGAUUACACAUCCGGCCAUGCUGGACUGUCUCUCGAUCGACACCGCAGUUGGAGGGCUAUAUAAUUUCAUCAGUGGGACUAACGGCCAAAGAGCAAUCGAGUUCUUUACGCGCCUUUGCAGCAAUCUUACAAACGCAUAUGGUCAAUCAGUGAUCUCGAUAUCUGUGGCUGAGGAUACACUCACAGUCAUGGGAGUUGCAUUACAGGAGCUCUUGAAGAGAGAACAACGAGCAGUAUAUCAUGACGAGCUGCCAGAAUUAGUCAACUCCUUGGAGAAGGCUGCUAAUGCCCUUGGUCUUGACACAAAGCCGAUUAUAUUUCAGGCCAGUGUUGCGGAGAUUAAAGCUAGGGUUGGCCGUGCGACUGGUUUGCUAAAAGUCAAAGAGAUUGAUCAUCCUGCUACGAUUGAUGGGAUCUCAACUACAGUCGUCAAGUCUUCAUAUCCACGUCCGGUUGUUGUGCCAGGAACUCGGCAUGAUAAUGACCACGUUGACAUUACCAAGAUCAGGAUUAUGCCAACUGAUAAAGAAAUUUGCUGUGAUCUACCAGAUUAUUUACCAACAACUGAUCGUGACCAGCCUUCGUUUAUCACGGACGCUACUGGACGUCACAUCGAUACUUUGUUUCGCCUCCUUCGGCACGAUAUUUUUGGGGAACUAAAAUAUGCCCUUGGGAUAUUGGUGCGCGCCAUGACUGAAGACGAGAACUUACAGAGGAACUGGAAACUCCCUAUUGGAGACAUUCGAGCAUACACAUACCCCAAUGCACACGUUAGAUAUAUUUCGUUCGAACGAAAAAUAGGCAUUGAAGCUCAAGUAUCGUUCAGCCAACUUCCUGCUCUUCGAAAGAAGACACCUGAUGAGAGAUUCACAAAUCACAAAGAGGACUUUAACUUGAGUAUGAACGAGUAUAAUGCUACGAUUACCACAAAACUGGUCACCCGUGCCCAGGCGGAAUAUGCUUUGUUAACAGAAUUAAGCUGCCGGGGUACAAAUGGAGUUUUGGUUGAAUUCCCGGGGGUACUUCUCGCCACGUUCAUGCCUAUCCUAAAGAGUCUCCAGGCUAUGCAAACCUCUAGUUAUCUACCAUUCUCUCAGUGGAUACUGCCUGAACGGACUACCACCCCUGAAGAGCCAGCACAAAUCCCCCAACCAGGUUAUGCUCGGGAUCAAAACUACUUUUUCCCAUUAGACUCUAUUCUCAAGAAGAAAGGUGAUCGGUUGUCCUUUAUGCCCUCUACUUUCCAUAGGGACACAACCAUUAUUCAAGAGCUUGAAAUGCGGACUACUCUUGACAGUGGACAAUGUCAAGCACUCGCAGCGGCUUUGACGAGAGAGUACGCUUUUAUACAAGGACCCCCCGGUACGGGAAAAUCGUACAUUGGUAUCCAUCUUAUGAAGGUUCUUCUAGCAUGCAAGGAGAAAUCAAAAUUGGGUCCCAUAAUAGUUGUAUGUUACACUAACCAUGCCUUGGAUCAAUUCCUCGAGGAGCUGGUAAAGGUGGGUGUAAAAAAGAUUAUUCGGAUUGGAGGUCAAAGCAAGUCUAAAAUAUUGGAAGGGCAUAAUUUACGCCUCGUGUCAAAGGGUGAAGGAAAGACAGGGAACGAACUGUUUUUAAUUGCUAAAACGUAUAGGGCUCUUGAGAAUAACGAGCCUAUUAUUUCGAGUUUACUCCGCUCUCUGCGCGUCCUGAGAAAGGAACCGAGCUGGAAGACUCUUAAGGGCCACAUUGAACAGACAUACCCCCGGAUAUUUAAAAAGUUUGCUCGACUCGACAAGGACGAGUUCGAACUCGUGGGGAAAGAGCCAUUUGAUGUCUGGAGUCAAAAGGCAGCACCGAAAGCACUUAGAGAACAAUUCUCGGCAGACGAAGAAGCUAUCAUCCUCCAAAGCCUUGAAAGCGCCGUUAACGAAAACAUAUUCGAUCUGUCAAUUCCCGAGAGACGGCUUUUGAUUGAGUUUUGGGCUCGAGAAGUGUAUGAAACCAAUCGCGAUCAGCUAUUUGAACUUGUGAAUGAAUGCUGUGAACUUCAUGAACGGCUAGAUAAGAUACACGACGAGUCCGACAGAAGAGUGCUGGAGAAUGCAGAUGUCAUAGGUGUUACUACGACGGGGCUUGCGAAAAGAAUUUCGGUACUUCGACACUUACGAAGCAAAGUAAUCAUCUGCGAGGAAGCUGGAGAGGUUAUGGAGCCGCAUAUGGUGUCAGCCUUACUGCCUAAUGUCGAGCAUUUCAUUCAAAUAGGAGACCAUCAGCAGUUACGCCCUCAGAUCAACAAUUACAAAUUAUCUCUUGAAAGCAAACAAGGUGGAGCCUACCAGCUUGACCGGAGCCAGUUUGAACGACUCUCUGUGGGAGAACCGGGGCGCGUUCCCUUUCCGGUGGCGCAGCUUGAUACCCAAAGACGAAUGCGCCCUGAAAUCUCUAGUUUGAUCAGGAUGACCCUCUAUCCUCGCCUUGUUGAUCAUCCAUCUACAAUGACGUUUCCAGAUGUCUUUGGGAUGCGGAAUAAUGUAUUCUGGCUUGACCAUGAGAAUAUGGAAAAUUCACCAAGUUUAGACCGACAUCAGAAGUCAUACAGCAACGACUGGGAGGUAGACAUGACCCAAUCUCUUGUCCGUCACAUCGUUCGGCAAGGUGUCUAUGAUAGCAAAGAUAUUGCUGUGUUAACACCAUAUACAGGCCAACUGCAGAAGCUGCGAAUAAAAUUGCGGAAUGACUUUGAAAUUGUUUUGAGUGAUCGGGAUCUAGAGACACUUGCCAAGGACGGGUUUGACGAAAAGACAAGCACUCCUACUGAAGAUGACCAGAAAGAUGUUGCAAAACGCCAACAGACGUUCGUUGAGAAGAAAAAACUCAGCGAGUUCCUGCGGGUUGCAACGGUCGACAAUUUCCAAGGAGAGGAGAGCAAGAUUGUCAUCAUUUCCCUAGUCCGAAGCAACAAGGAGAAGAAAGUUGGGUUUCUGAGAACAACUAACCGCAUCAAUGUUCUCCUUAGCCGGGCUCAACAUGGCAUGUAUUUGAUUGGGAAUGCAGACACUUACUCGAACAUACCAAUGUGGGCAAAAGUGAUAGGCAUGCUAGAAGCUAAUCACUCGGUUGGAAAGCGAAUUGGGCUCUGUUGCCCUCGACAUAUGUAUACAGUGAUGCAAGUUUCCGAGCCGCUAGAUUUUGAAAAGCUCAGCCCAGAGGGGGGAUGUCAAUUACCCUGUGAUAGACGUUUAGCCAUCUGCGGGCAUAAGUGCUUGGCCCGAUGCCACUCAGAUACCAUGCACCAAGUGUUUCAAUGCCCACAGCCUUGCCAGCGACUACACUCUCCUUGCAACCACGGCUGCCAAAAACAGACCUGCGGAGAAGAUUGUGGACGCUGCAUGAUAAGGAUUAACAAUGUCCUUCUUCCAUGCGGGCACUCUAAAGAUGGUGUUUCUUGCUACCGGACACAAGACGUUGGAAGCAUUCAGUGCAGCACCAGGGUCCAAAAACAAGUAGCUGGAUGCAAUCAUGUUGUGGAAGUUCCAUGUUUUCGAGAUGUUUCUUCCAAAGCUUUCCUAUGCCCCACAGCAUGUGAAGCAUCACUGCUUUGUGGUCAUCGCUGCCCAGGGAGCUGCGGCAAAUGCCACAACAACGAGCACCAGAAAUGCAAGAAAAUAUGUGGUAGAAGGUUCGGAACUUGCAACCAUACAUGUCCUAGAACUUGUCAUGAUGGUACUGAUUGUGGCCCAUGUUUGGCUCCCUGUGAGGUUAAAUGCUCUCAUUCUCAAUGCACUCUACGUUGCCACGAACCUUGUGCUCCUUGUAUUGAGAGCUGUACCUGGUCGUGCGAACACCAAGGAACAUGCGAGAUGCCAUGUGCCGCUCCCUGUGAUCGUCUUCCCUGCAACGAACGCUGCUCGAAGGAUCUCUCAUGCGGCCAUCAAUGCCCGGGAAUCUGUGGUGAAGAUUGUGCUGAAGGCUAUUGCCAAAAGUGUUCAACUAAGCUUGAUGCACGGGUAGACUUUGUCGAAAUGAAAUCAUACGAAGAAAUUGACGUUAGUGAGACCCCUAUAGUUGUCCUUGGAUGCGGCCAUUUCUUCACAACCGAAUCUGUUGACUGCCUGAUGAAUAUGGGAGAGGUCUAUAAAAUCGACGCAAAUGGGGAAUUCACUGGAUUGAAAGAUAUAUCCACGAAUCUGGCUCAGUCCACGCCUUUCUGUCCAGACUGCAAAUGCCCAGUGAGACAGUUUGCUACGCAAAGGUAUAAUCGGGUCGUUAAUCGGGCAGUUAUCGAUGAGAUGUCGAAACGCUUCCUUUCAAGUGGGAAGGACGGCCUCCAAGAACUAGAACGGCAAAUUGAUAAAUUGGAGAAUUGGCAACGAAAAACCAGAGAGAACGUGAUGAAGACCUAUAAAGACAAAGACCAUUAUGAGCAAGUAUCUCCCCGCGCUACGGCAGUUUCUACUGUCACCAAGUUACUGCAUGAAGGAUAUGAGAAGUCUAGGGCUCUCAAUGCAGCAGUUCGGAAAUUCUGUAUAAAUUUUGCAGACAAAUGUCAGCCCGCGCAGAAGCUUCAUGAAGCUAUCGUGCAUGCGGCGCGAAAAGCUGCUAUAUCCAAGUUACCCCCUGAUACCCUGUUAGCGAAUCUGAGAAUAUCCGAUGAAGCGGCUGCCCCAACCGUCUCUCGUGAUAGUCAGAUUACUAUGGGCGGCCGAAUGGCCCUGAUCAAGGCAGAUUUCCUUAUCAUUGAUGAUAAAUUUUUCGUCUCAAAGGUCUUGAAAUCGACAAAUCUCGACAUUAAGCCUCUUGGUAAAACUCCGGAUAAACUUGCAAUACUUUUCUUCCGCAACUGUGAAAAGUUUAUCACCGAGUGCGACGCUCAAAACCUCCCAAAAUUAGCUGUUGAAGCAUCAGUCUUGUUUGCUAGCCUUUCACGUUCGUUCGAGGACGACUGCCGCUCCAGCAGGAUUAACCUUGACACUGCUAAAGGGGUUAUAGAGACGGCGAAGGGACUGCUUGAAAAAGCCCUUGAGACCUGCCAACGGCCCUUUUACAACGUCGAAGGCCUGCGUGUUGUAGUCGAGCAGUCCAUAAAUUCUAUGAAGAGAGAAUGGUAUGAAGAAGUCACCUCAGUUGAGAAAGAAGCAAUCAAGGCCGCAAUGCUUAGUGGCCCCAGGGGAAUUGCAACUCACUCUGGUCAUUGGUACAACUGUUCAAACGGGCAUCCUUUUGUAAUUGGAGAAUGCGGAAUGCCAAUGGAACUCGCUCGUUGUCCUGAGUGCGGUGCGUCGAUCGGAGGACGUCACCACACUGCUGUACAGGGAGUGACUCGGGCAACUGAAAUGGAGGAUUGA